GUGAAAACCCCGAUGGCACCAAGCACGUCGGUGAUUAUCGAUGCAAAGUUGGCGGAGGAAGCCAACAUCAAGCGCGAGGUUCUCCAGCGUCGCUGGGUGGCCUUCCGCGCGAGAAGAAAGGUCGGAGACCCGCGAUUGCCCCUGAAGGAGCUGAGCGCCCUCUGCGACCAAAUGGUGCAG